UGAAAAUUAAAAUGUUAUUAUUAUAUACGUUUUUAUAGACUUUUUAAUUUGAUAUAUAAUUUAGUAAGAAUUGCUAAAAUUAACCACUGAUAUAUGAGAAUCUAUAUUGGGAAUAGAUGCCAAAUGAUAACGAUGCAGAGCAAAACUUUGAAGGGUUGUUCCCUGGUGGUAACGUUCUGAAAAGGAGUAAAGCUAGCUUUAUGUGUUGGAUUCUCAUAAAUUUUGUUGGUAAUGUUCAGUAACGACUUGGCAAUAGAACGUAGCCACAUCUAAUCGCGCCUUUCGUAGCGAUCGAAGUUCAACCGGCUAGCUUCGUAUUCAGAUUCUCAAAGAAGGCAGUAAGGUAACCACCUUAUGGUAGAGCACUUUCUGCUUUAGUGGUGGCAGCACGGAGGGUGUUUCGUAGUGGGGGUGCUUCGAAGGCUUAAAAGGCCUUCUGACGUCCUUGUAACACGCAGUCUUGGAAUCAAACAUACUUGUAUCCCGUGUAAGUGGAUCGAAAGUGCGAAGAGUAUUCUCACUUAAGUUAGCUAUUGUUGGUUCCGCGUCAGACUUUCAUCAGAGUGAUCUUGUGUAUAGUCAAGAUCAAUUCGUUAAGAAAUCAAACGAAAGAAUAAAGUCGAGUGAAAUAAAAAUUUAUGUAAAAAAGAAGGUGACCUUUUCUCCUCGUGAGUUGUCUUUUUGUUAGAGUCUUCAUUUGUGAUUUGUGAUAUCAUAUAAGUGAUAAUAAUUUAAUUAUUUGCACAAAACAAUCUAUCGAGAAGCAAUGAAAGACGGAAUGUGUUUCCGAAUAAUUAUAUCAAUUCUGUUGGUUGUAUCAAUAUUUUUGCCGCCAAUGUCCGAUGCCCUUACUACUUUUGGGAAGACCAAUCCGAAUCAAAAUACGAAUCCACCACCGCCACCAACACCAAUUGGUAAAGCUCGCGAAUGCAAGAUAAAAAAUGAUUGUGAUGGAAUUCAAAAUACAACAUGCAUGGCAGAUCCUCGAGAUGGAAAAACACGAUGCCUCUGCGGUGAUUACACAGCACCACUUAAUGGUGUCUGCACUAAUAAAUUCAAAGCGCUUCAUGCAUCCUGCAAUAACGACGGAGAGUGCAUAGAAAAUGCCCAUUGCGUUGUACGCAACUCUUCUUUGGAGAAACGAUGUUAUUGUCAAGAUGGAUUUUUAGAACAAUUUCCAUUAUCUUGUAACGGUUGUUCAUCCAUCUUCACGUUGCAUACGAUGAUCUUUCUGGCUGUGUCGCUUGUUCUCGGAAGACUAAACUACGUCUAAAUCUUGAAGCUUUCAAAAAUUAUCUUGUCAAUUCCCGAACUUGUAUGAUAACCAGUAAAGAAAUAAUAAUUCUUCGAAUUAAUGAAUUCGAUAUUGCGUGAAAAUAUACUUGCUAGAAUUUACUUAUUUAUAAUAGUAUCAUCAAUCUCGUUAAUUUUAACAAAGCAUUUAAAUAUGAUAUAUGUAUGAAUAUGUUCAAAUUUAUGUAGACUGUUCCAGUAAUCACGCACUUUUUUAUGAUAAUGGACUUAUUGGAAAAAUUGAUUUUUUUGUUUAGCGAGAAGAAAUAUGAUAAUCAUCUCUUCUUCCGCAAAUUUUUAACAAGAAUUCAUAUAAAAUAAUAAGACAUUCAUAUUUUCAUAUUUCGUAGAUUUACAAUUAUUUACUAGCUGAUUUUUCUUUUGAUGUUAAAAUAACUGUCAUCAUUCUUACUUUAUUUAAAUAAUUCCGAAAAAAAAUGUACAGUUUCUGGAACAGCCUGCCAUACUAUAUGAAAUGCAUUAUGUUGCAAACAUAACGUAAAGUUUUAUAUUUUUUAAUUCUAUUUCUCUAAUUCGUUUUAAAAUUCGUUGGAAAAUUAUAUCUAUAUUCUAUCGUUUUAUAACUAAUAUAUAUAUAUACAUAUACCGAUACAUAUAUUGAAAUUCUAUAAUUAGCGAUAAGAUGCAUAAGACUAUAUUUAAAUUGCAAAGAAAAAUUUAAAUAUCUUUGCAUUUAUUAUUCUAUAAGACAAUGAAUAAUAUGAAUUUUUAUUCAAUCUUAAUUUUGAAUCCAUACGAAUAAACAAUUUUGCUCUUGCCAUUUUUAAAUAAUUUU